ACUGGGAUGACAGGGUUUGUAACCGAAACAAACCUCACUGCAUGGGUGCACAUGACUCAGCAUUUAGCCUGAGUUAGUUUACCUGUGAACGUGGUUUGCAUUUGGAGCUGCUAUGAGCAGUCAGAAAGCGAAGGUAUUAAUUGACAUCAUCUCUGACACCAUCUGACCAUGGUGUUUUGUUGGAAAGCGCCAUCUGGAAGAAGCCAUGAAGGUGUUUUCCAACGACUUGCUCUUUGAGGUCACAUGGAAGCCAUUCUUCUUGAACCCCUCAACUCCAGAAAGUGGCAUCCCUCUUAUCCAGUAUCUGACACAGAAGUAUGGACCCAGAGCAGGAGCCAUGGCCAAGGAUGGAACAAGCCCGUUGACAAAAGCAGGGAUGAAUGUGGGUAUAAACUUCAGAACAGAUCGCCUUAUAGUCAACACUUUAAAAUCUCACUGUUUGCUGGAUUAUGCGAAGUCUGAAGGCAAACAAAAUCUCCUCGCAGAAAACAUGUUUGUGGCAUACUUUGAGCAGUGCAAGAAUAUCAACUCUGUUGAUGUUCUUGCACAACUUGCUGUGGACGCUGGUCUCAACCUGGAAGCUAUGGAAAAGCACGUGAAAGAUUCAUCAGUUGUUUCACGAGUGCAAGAGGAAGCCGUGGAGGCUCGCAGUGAAGGUGUUAAUGGAGUACCAUUCUUCAACAUUCAGGUCGAGGGCGAAGACCAGAAGAUUGCUUCAUUCUCAGGUGCACAACCACCUGAAACAUUCAAGACCAUCUUCCAGCGUUUGCUGACACGACUUAAGUCUAGAGUUUAGAAUGAAACUUUCCCAAUUAUAACUUGGUUACAGUUUUUGUUAAUGAAUUAGCAAUGAAUCACUUUAAAUGGUAUGCCACUGGUGCAGAAAGAUCUUUUCUGACUGCAUGAUUAUCUUGGAACAAAUACCUACUGCUCCAGGAUUUGAUGUUGAAAGUCACAAGAGAUCAACACUACACAAGAAAAGAAAUAUUUACACAUACAUGUUAUUAAGUUGGAACAUUGAAGUACAGGCUGAUAACAAUAUUUAUCAUUAGUCAGUAUAAAUUAUCUUGGUAGUUAAGUUUUUAGAAGGAAAUCACAGUUACAAAACUACGUUUUUGAGCAUAAGAUGUUUAGCACACUAUAUUAUAAUGGUUUGCAUGCUUAGGAGAGUAACCUUAGUUUGGCAAAAUAGUGCUUGUGCGAGGAGCUUGUGACAAAAUGAUUAUCUUAGAACCAAGUGUUUAGCAGAAUUCUAAGAUUUGAUGUUGACAGUCACAAGGGUCAGUUGUUUGAGGGUUAUCCUAUAAUGUGCACUUAGCUUCAGAACUGAUUUGAAGUGGAGCUGUUAAGCUUCCUUAUCAGCUCUUGGUAUCUCACUAAUAUACACUUCUGCACCCCACUAAGCUACAAGGGGCCUGGGGGGACUCCCAUAUAAGAAGGCUGGGGCUGCUCGCUGGAAAUUUUGAAAAGAACACCUAAGAGGUACCAAGAUCCUGUUUUGUGGGCAUCGCUUGAAACCUUUUUCACCUCUAAGAGGAACGAAUUCUAAAACAGCACGUUAUCUCACGCUGUUGACCUUUUGAGACUGAACACCCUAAGAGGUACUAAAACCGUGUUUUUAACCCCUAGAAGGUACAACAAGCAGCACUGUCCCUUUUUAUUUGAGAGUCCCCCCAGGGGAGGGAGCUAAGGAGCUUGCUUUUCCCCCUACCUGAGGGUAAAAGCAUGCUUUUUGGUAAACGAACUAUCAGUUGGUGAACUGCAUGUGUGAUCAGAUGUGUUUUUCUGAUUCUCUGUAAACUUGGCGAGUAAAGGUAAAAUUGGUACUUUGUAACUGUGAUGUGUUCAAUGCUUCUGGUUCAACAAUAAAGCACUAUCGUCUGUGUCA